AUGCGUUCAAGCAUCUGCGAUCUGAAAGACGAACUUAAGAAUGAAAGAGAAAGAUGGGAAAUAGAGACGAAAGAAAGAUGGGAAAUGGAAACACAGCUGGACGAAAGAGAAAGAGAUCUUGCACCGGCUCCAGGAUAUGUGAGAGUAGUGGAAACCAUUAAAAACAAAAACCAUCGAGAAGAGCUUAGAAUAAAUCACGCGAAACAAGACUCUGGUAUAUUAAGUGACGAAGAAGAAAGUGAAGAAGAGGAAAAGAACGAAGAAAGUGUAUCUCAGUUACUAAAGACUUUUCCACCCGCAGUCAAUCCUCGAAGUAGUUCCUUUUUUGCUACUGCCAGACGUUCCAACAGUUAUCUUGGUCAUUUGAUCAAACCAAGUGAGAGUGAGGGCAAGGAAAAUAGCGAAAGAAGGUCGGGGAAUGUUUUCAGAGCUCGCGCACGUAGCCUGGCUGGCACUGACACUGAACGAUUAUCAAGCGCAACGUUCUCCUGGCGUCGCUCGCAUACUCUUUCUGAAGGCGCUGUUAGCCGUUUCGGGAGCAUGCCGGUAAUAAAUGAAAUGCCUAGCGAUGCCUUCCAGCGGAACACUUCCAGGACAAAGACGUUUGCAGUGUACGGUUGUCGGCGUUCUGAAGGCGUCGACGAUCACGCACGCCAAUCGUCGUUUUCCGCUUCACUUCCAGCGUUCGGAUCGCUUACACGUCACAGUAGUAUGCCUGUUAUGUAUAAGGGUGGAAGACCGAGGUCUGGAGACGAGUUUAGAAGCACAAAGGAGAACAGAAUAGCCAUAAAUAACAAGCAGCCAGUGAUCAAACGUUCCACAAGUCAAAUAUUUCUCAGUAGACCAGCCUUCGAAAAAACUGUGAAAGAGAAUGCUGCAUCUAAAGACAUGUACAGGAUGUACAGAUCUACCAGCCAGAUAUCCCUUGUAUAGGAAAAUAAACUCUUUUCGCCUCUCUAUAACAGCCUACCCCCUACCCCCAGGCAGCCGCAGAAAAGGGGAUGGGGGGGGGGGGGGGGAGAAAAACACUAAAAGGAAUUCCCUGCCCCAUUUUCUCUCCAUCCCACUCCUCUUUCGACGGCUGUCAUGCAGGCUAUUAACACUGAGUUCUAAACACCUGUGUUCAUUCUUUUUUGUGAUAUAAUUUCAGUUAAUUUCAACCAUAGAAUGUUAAUAUAGAUUGUGAAAAAAGCGUUAUUUUAUGGUUACUUUUGGAAAAAAAAAGACACUACUAAUUAAAGGUGUAGUUAGUUUCAAAAAUGGAUGUGAAUACCCAUAAUGCCUCGUGUAAGUGAAUUCUGGAGUCCACGAUGUGGACUCUGGAUUCCGUGUACUGGAUUCCAGAAAGUGGAUAUUAGAUUCCAGAUCCCAAUUAUUAUAGUGGGGUUCUGGAGUCCAAAGCCCAGAGUUCCAGAUUCCACAUGACAAAAUUUCCUGGAUCCUGGAUUCCACAAGCAAACAUCUCCUUCCACUUGUGGAGAAGACUAUACUAAAAUGCAGCCUGAUCUCAGGCAAGCUGCAGUGCAUCAAUAAUUGAUGCACUGCAGCUUGCCUGAGAUUAUUGACCACUCCAGAAAAUACCAUUGCAUACCAUAGGGUCAGGGGAGCAAGGGUAGCGCAGUGGUGAGAGCACUCCCCUCCCACCAAUGUGGCCCCGGUUUGAAUCCUGGCGUCAACGUCAUAUGCAGUGGGUUGAGUUUGUUGUUGGUUCUCUCCCUUGCUCCGAGAGGUUUUUCGCCGGGUACUACAGUUUUCCUCUCUCCUUAAAAACCAACACUUUCAAAUUCCAAUUCAAUCUGGAAUGUACGGACACGUUCUUAUGAACUCCUUAGUGCUCCGUGGGUAAACAAAUAAAUAUUACAAACAAACAAACCAUAAUGCUCUUUGUUGGUCACCCCAAAAUUUUGAAGGAGCAUUUAGUUUUCAGUUUCUCUUGGGGCCAUUUAAACUCCCAGGCGAGACUGAAGACAAUGCUUUUACAAAAUUUUGGGGUGACAAACAAAGAGUAUUAUCGUAUGUUAUGGUAUUUUCUAGAGUGGUCAAUUGUUGGCAAACUGUCUGGGUGUCAUAAACAUUGGUAGAUUGUUCUUAAAAAAAGCCGUACCCUUUUUAAUUGUACGGUAGAGUCCGAGAGCGGGCAAGAGGAAACGAAUCCUGCUUUCUGAUUGGCUACCCGAGCAGGCAAGAUGCGCUCGGGAUUUCCCGUGUUUGUCCCUCAAGAAAAAAAUUCUCCGUUUUGACCAUCUAAUAAAUCCUUUAUAGACCAAGAUUAUUCCGUGAAGAUGGCCGACUACUGGCCUUGUUCGUUUUAGCGUUUUUAUUGACCUCAACUUCGUCUCUGUCAAUAAAAAUCUUCGCCAAUAUCCGACCAUUUUGACCGCUCGGUCAAUAACGCCCGGAUAACGCAUAUAAUUUUAUAAUCAUACCUCUAGACUGAAAAAUGUACUCUUCCCCUGAAAGAGCUCCACCAUUAUAGUCCAUCAUUUUGAGAAUCCUGCUCGCGGUGAUGCAGAUUAGCUCUAAUUCCAGGUAAUUUUAGAAGUUUUUGACAUCUACACAGACCAUUGUUCGUGGGCUCUUGUUCUAUGCGGUAUCUGCGUAGUCGAGAAAUACGGUAUGUAAGAGAAGCAUAAAAUUAAUAGACAGUCCCGUGAUCCAACUCGGCAUUGUUGUUCUUUGCCUCCAUAUUGGAUUUAGUCUUGUUAUGCAACGGUGACUGAAUUUCGACCGUGAAACAGUUGAUCAAGCCAACUUCCUGAGUGUUUUAGAUCAAUCAUGGCAAAGCCUUUGAUGAGGCUGCAGUUAAAUGGAUUACAGAGUAAGUUACAUUGCUUUUUUACCAUAUACUUUUUACAACUUGUAGUGUCAUGUCAGAUCUCUAGUAGAUCGAAGUUCCUUGCUGAAACUCCCUGCAGUUAUGUAAGCUUUAUACUAUCCAUGCGUUCAGCGAUCUUCUAUUUUUGUGUUAGUAUUAUGCAUAGUGAAUUUAUUUGCAGCCGUAAAUAGACAGUAGAAAGCUGAACUUGUUAUGUUUAUUGACCGAUGUAAAAAUAGAAAUAAAUAAAUAAAUAAAAAUAAAAAUAUAACGAGAAUCGAAGAAGUAAAGUUAAAAGGCACAUUAUAUUUUGAUGAAAAUGUUUUUCUCUUUGGAAGUUGCGGUCGCUUCGUUCCACGGUCAGAUCGUUCGAAGCCAGAUCAUUCCAUCUUGUUGUCAGAUUGUCAGUUUAAAUCUGGAAGAACAUGAAGGGCGUUUGUUUUGGCUUCUUGGCUUAAAGAAUGAGGUACAAUGUAUAAACAUGAGUAAUGCGUCUGUUUCUGCUCGUGGCUUAAAGACUCGUGAAAAAUUCUGACCACAGUAUAUUAUUGUGGGACGAUCUGACUAUUAAGUGGAACGAUCUGAAUUGGAACAAUCUGACUAUGGAACAAAGUGACCAGAUACGCACAGAAUAUAGACAUUGUCGGAGUGAUUUACAGAUUCUACCUGCCAUUCCUUAGACCUAUUGAUUCUUUGCCUCUGUGGAUCUCUUUAUUUAUCAAUAAUUUGAUUUUUAAACACAUUUUCUCAUUCAUCUAAGGAGGACAGAUUCAGUCUCUGUGCCGUGCUGUUGCUUGCACUAGGCUGUCAUCAACAGCUACAGCAUCUUCACCACCGGUUAGUUUUAUUUUUGUUAAUGUGGUAGUCAGUAUGUUCAGAACUGGGUGAGAUCUCAAAAUUGACCUUUUGAUGGAAUAUUAUUGUAGUUUAUCCAACCCGAGCAAUCACCGUUAAAGAUGCUACAAUCUUGGACAAAAUAAAAUGGAACAGCAAACCCCCAUCCCCCCAAAUCAAGGAUGAAGGCGCGCGAAAAACGCGCCAUUUUCCCAUCCUUGAUUUGGGGGGGAGGGGGGGUCUAGGUUUUCCAUUUAUUUUGUCCAAGAUUGUAGGUUCAGUGCAAUGCUGGCCCACAGACCAUGCAUGCGGGUGUAUUUUUCUGGUGUUCAAAGGCUUUGUGUUUGUGUGCUCCAGGGCAAUGAUUAAAGGCCAAGGGGGCUAGGUAUUUCUCUCUGGCUACUACGAACUUGAUCCUUGGCUACUUUCAAAAUACAAAUAGAAGAAAAAUAGAACCAAAAGAAAUCACUAGCUGUUUGAUUUGUCGCCAAUUUGGACGAGAAGAAAAUGUGGCAGUUUGGAUCAUGGGCAUUAGGGUGUAAAAAUGAGGUUGGAGAAGACAAGAGAAGGGAGGAAAAUUAUUUUCUAUCUGCCCUGUCCCUUCUGUUUCCUUACUCCAAUUCAAGUGCUGAGUUAUGUAGAAUUUAACAUGGUGGUUACUUGAGGGAAGAAACAACCUGUGUGCCCUGGCAAAGAAGAUGCCAGCAUUGCAGUUUAACUUCGGCCUCUUAAACUUUAUUUUUACAUUGCUUACAGGGUUUAAGUAUUAAGAAUUGUUUGAAAACAUACAGUAUUUAAAAGAAUUUGGUACAAAGAUAGAUAAAAGAAAAGACAAUCUAAGGAGGUAUGUGCAUAGUGGCAAAGAGAGCGGCAGCUUUCAAGUUGGCUACUGUCUUGUUAGCUGUAGAAUUGGAGUAUAUUUUGAAUUGGUGUCAGCAUUUACCACAAUGCCUGAAAAGGUCAAAGAUUAUUUUGCUUCCACUCUGCGAAAGAUCUACGAAAAUAAAUGAAAGAGACUUUCUUUUGCUCCUGUGGUUUUGUUUUGAAAACUUGUAUUGAAAGACUGCCUGGAAUACUAAGCCCAAAGGAGCUCCCAAUAAACUGAGAAAUGUUCCUUCCAAGUUGCCUUGCAAAGCUUGUUAAACAAUGGUUUGAUAAUUUUAUUCUAGGCCAGGGUCUUCUUGGGUCUAAUCCUGCACACCCAUUUUAUUGCAGUUACAUGCAUAUACUGUCCUGUCUUGUUGUCUGUCAAAGCAAACUGUUUUUACUAUUAAUUAGCCCUUUAUGUCCCAAUAGUGUCCAAAAUCAAUUUUCUCCUAACAACAUCCAUACUGUCCUGAUAAAAUGAUCUUAAAGAAAAAUCUUUGUUUUUACUUUAAGGAAAUUAUCAGUUUGGAGAAUUUGUAACUAGAUAUCGGGGCUGAAAGGGUUAAGUAAAAUCUUAUCAGUGUCUUUUGAUGACUUUGCAGGCCAAGACAUCUUUUGGCAAUAUGAAGGUUGGUAAAUAAUUAUGUGCAUAAUCACACAAGUAUCUUUAAUACAUGUAGCUUGCUUGUUGUAAAUUGAUAUUAUUGGAACGCGGAAAGAUCAUUGUGAAAUCAUGACUUGCAAGUUACAAAAGCACUCAAAGAUAAAAAUUGAAUCUUUUUUGGUAGGACGAGGACCGUAUCUUUACCAACUUGUAUGGUCGACAUGAUUGGAAGUUAAAGGGAGCAAUAGAAAGGGUAAAGUUUUUGUAAUUUAAUGUUACAUGUAUUCUUGAAUGAGUCCCGCAUACUCGUGUAAUUUAUUGACUUUCUAUGGAAGGAGUAGGUGCAACAAGCAGUUCAUCCUACAGAAACUGGGUUAAGGUCUGGCUGUUUGAGCCACAUGCCCAUGGUGUCUUCUAUUUUGUUCACUACAACUGUUCUGUACUUUGUUGUAAUUUGAUAAUAGGGUGAUUGGUACAAAACCAAGGAGAUAAUACUGAAAGGACAAGACUGGAUUAUCAAAGAAAUCACAAAAUCUGGCUUGCGUGGACGAGGUGGAGCAGGUCUGUAAUAAAGUACAUUUUAAAUUUGUAAUUUCGCAGAUACAGUUCACAUGGUUUUACAUGUAUUUUCAUGAUUUCAAGGGGCAAAUAUGACAAAGAGCGUAAAAUUUUGCGAUUCAAGCAUUCUCAACUGUGAUUUGAAUUUUCUAAAUUUUGUGGGGAGUUUUGUUUGCAGGUCUUUAAUUUUGUGAUUUUCCAAUCGUGAAAAAUGUAAAAUUAAAGACCUGUGAAAUUAAGUACAUAUUAUGUACCAAGAUGGUAUUUUUAGACUUCAUUGGGUAAAAUGUUAUUUCCAGUAUCAUCUAAGUUCCAAGAUGGAAUCCGUCUUGUCAAAUCUUCAUUACUCACUUGUAAAGUUUUAUUUCUCUCUGAAAGAAUUGGUUUAAGAAGGCUUAUUUAACUCCUCAAUUUUUUGUCAGGUUUCCCUACCGGAAUGAAAUGGGGUUUCAUGAACAAGCCAUCAGAUGGAAGGUACAACUUGUCUAACACUUUGUUCUUUUCUGUUGAUAAAUUAAAGUGAUGUAGCAAGUCCAAGUGAUCCAAGCAGCCAAAUUUGAAUCUCACGUUAAAUCAUGAAGUUUCCUGGAAAGGAAAAUAAUGUUUUUAAUUUGGGCUUGUGAGGGGUGUGUAUUAGAAUACAGUUUAGCCUCAUGUUUAUGCGGCUGUUGCUGAUAGCUAAGAGCUUAGUUCUCGUAAACCAAAUCAAUUUGUACACUGUACGUACACGUUCAGUCAUAUACAUAUAAUUGUAGUUGAGAUUUUGAAAAUCCAGGCUUGACCAGGAAUUGAACCCUGAACUUUGUGAUGACUGGACAUAAUACUCUAUUCAUUGACCUUAUCAAGCCAACUGGAGAACAAGCCAUCAUGAAUUCACCAUACCUCGCAGAAAAAUUCUGAAAUAUAUGAAAUGAUCAUAUGGUCAUGCUCACUUUCAUAUCUUUAUCCACAAUUUAUUAUACAAGAGCAUUGUAAAGCAUUGAAAGUGUUGAAAAAUGUUGGAAAAUGAAAAUGAUCAUUGAAAAAAUGGUCAUGGCAACCCAUUGAAAGCGUUUUCACUUUCAAAUCUUUAUCCAAACCAUUUGGAAAAAGUUACAAGCCUCUGAAAGUUUCUGUGCACCCGUUGAAAGCGUUGAUACCCUUUUUUUUCUUUCCGUUGGUUUUUGCCCGUUUAACACAAAACCGUUAGUGCACGUUUUCGCGUGAGAGGUCACACAUUUCAAGACAGUAUGAUUCAUUUCAUAUACUUCAAUUCAAUUUGUAAACUGUUUCAUGAGAAAAUCUACUUCUUUUUGCCCUCAGGCCAAAGUAUCUUGUGGUAAAUGCAGAUGAGGGAGAACCAGGGACUUGCAAGGACAGAGAGAUAAUGAGACAUGAUCCACAUAAACUGAUAGAAGGCUGCUUAGUGGCUGGAGCUGGAAUGGGUGCAAGGGCUGGUAAGUAUCAAUAGAACUGUUAAUUUUAAAAACUCUUAUUUACUGGGAGUUGAGAGGCUCAACAAGAACAAGGGUUAAAUUUAACCCGGGUUUCUUUUUCCAUGUUCAAAAUUUUUCUUGGAUAAUUUUUCUGUAAUUUUUAGAACUUCCAAUCAUGUCAUUGACAAAAACUGAAAUGCUUUUAUUUUCAAAUCAAUUCAAGUUGUUUAUUGUUAGUCAAGUUGUCAGCCCUUGUUGCCUGGAUUCUCUCCUAGUUAGUUCCCAAUUGCCAGUUGAGAUAAGCAUUAUGCAAAAUGGAAAUGAAAUUACAUGUAAUUACAGGUCAGCGAGAUACUGUAGAAAGAAAGACAGACUGAAAAUGCUUUUAGUAGAUUUUUGAAAAAUAUGUUGUUAGACCUCCCCCAACUGUUCAUUCAGUAGGAUGCCUAAGUUGUGUGCAAUUUUGCACAGUUGGUUUUAGAAAAUUCAAUACCAAGUUUUUUUGACUCUCUCUGAUACUGUCACAUAUACAUGUAUUUUACAGCAUACAUUUAUAUCCGAGGAGAGUUUUAUAACGAAGCAUCCAACAUGCAGAUGGCCAUUAACGAGGCCUAUAAGGAGGGCCUGAUUGGUCGAAAUGCUUGCGGCAGUGGAUAUGACUUUGAUGUUUACAUGCACCGAGGUGCUGGGGCUUACAUUUGUGGAGAAGAAACGGUAAAAUACAGCCUUUUAUGUACCUCAUACUUCAGCUUGUAAAUGAUAAUUAUGGAAGAUUGUAGUUUAUGUUGUCAUUUAAUCCCUUUUGACAGCCAGUUACUUAAGAUGUAAAGAGUUAAAAAUAGUAACUUCAGUGACCAGCUAAACGAGGUACAGCAUAUAUAGUGUAGUGACUAUGAACGUGCAUUUUAUCAAAGUGGAUGACUUGUGCAAUGUUGCGGAAAUGAAUAAAAUAAUGCAAGUCCCUUAGCAAGCUUUGAUGUUUUAGUUAAUGAAUACUUGAGUCAUUGUAACUACUGUACAUGCACUUACCAGUACCAAAAAUCUGCGCGCGACAGUAAAUUUUGAUGUGAUUUUAUUUAGAAAUUUUAAUUCAUUGGAUAGAGAAAGGUUGCAUUGAAAAAUGAGAAUUGCUCUACGACAAAGCAAAUCUUUUUCAUUGUCUUGGAUACUGGUACAUGUUAUAAUUUAUAUUUUUUGGUAGGCACUGAUUGAGAGUUUGGAGGGAAAGCAAGGCAAGCCUCGCUUGAAGCCACCUUUUCCUGCAGAUGUUGGUAAGACUAUGUAUUAAUGAGGGUUUUGCCACUUACAGUAUGAACACAGGUACAUUUGUAGUGAUUUGUCACAGCUGCAAAAUGGUGGAAUAGUUUCAUAGGGGCAUUAUGUCGCUAUGAAGUUUUUGCAGCUACAUACUGUACUUGUUGCCUGACCUGUGCAGAAGGAUGUGAUUUGUCACACAACUGUUCUACAAAAGCGACUUAAUUGUAGUAGGAAGAUCAAGAAUGAUUAAGCUUGUUCUCAUGACAUUAGCAUUUUAUUUCUGCCUUUUUUAACAGGAGUGUUUGGAUGCCCUACAACCGUGGCAAAUGUGGAGACUGUUGCUGUGGCUCCGGUUUGUAUAGAAUUUUUAUGUCCAUUAUUUUCCUGUUUUUGAUUCAUCCUCAGAUGUACCUAGACAACUUCUUUGAGAUCUCCUGGCCAUUAUUGUACUUACUUGCAUGAUAAUGCCACAAAAUUGAUGCAAUAUCAAUGUACUGAAUUUCCCCAAAGAUUUUCUUCUCUCAUAAUUUUGUUUAUAGUUAUAGAUCUGUAUUUUCUCUUUCAUCGGGUAUUGGUUAAACUCUUACCUGGAACGACUUUCCAGAUUUCCGUUUUCCCAUGCCAGGCUGAGCUGGCUAAUCGUGUUUGGCAGCUAUUUUAUUUAAAUGUAUGUUUCUGAACAAUCUUACGGUUUUUUCAAGUUUUGAUUAAGAUCACUAUUGGAGAUGUGCUAGUGGUGAAUGUGAAAUUUUGUACAAAUUAAGUAAAUAAAACAUCAGUACAUGUAAAUAAUUAAAAUAAAAAAAAUAGAUAAAUGACUUCAAUUCUCUGUAGUAAUUUUAUCUAAUUUUCAUCUCACUAUUUCGCUCAUGUCAGGCGAUCUGCAGACGAGGAGGGGAUUGGUUUUCUUCGUUUGGUCGACCAAGAAACACAGGAACAAAAGUAAGUGGAUCAGAUAUUGCUAUCUAAUACUUAGGGUACCGGGUCGUUUCGCCCGAAGGUUGAUUCGUCCGAUGGCAGUUCGCCCACUCGGACUAGGUCGAUUCGCCCCAUGUGUUUUUGUUGUUCUUUAAGCCCGAGAAAAGGGAAUAAGCAUGGAAAGACAGUGACUGCACAUGUGGAAUCCAAGGUUAACUAAAAUGGCAUCUCGGAGAAGUAGGUUCACCAUGUUGUAGAAUGUUGUAUGUCAUUGGGCGAGUCGACUUAAGUCCUAGCGAACUCCUUCAGGCGAAACGACCGCAAUUCAUACUUAGAGCUACCACUUAUUUGAAGUAGACGAGGAAAUGAGAAAGGUACUAGUCAGGGUUUUGUAAAAUGUUCGUGUUUUCUGUGGCUCACAUUUCUAAAGUUCAUGCUCGGAGACCAUUCAAGGGCUUGAAAAAAACGACUUUCAGCUUUUCCUUUGUACUAGCAGCUCUCACAUUUUGUUUGCCUGGACCCACGUCUUCCUCGUUUUCGUUUUGAGGACGAGGCUAGGACGACCACGAGGACGCCAUUUAAUUUUAAGUUUUCUCGCCUGUUCUUUAAAAUAUAUACCCCGGAAAUCUUUCUUUGUACUUUUUUUCAUCACCAAAGUUAGCACGCUUAUUUCCGUUGAAGGAGGUGAAGCCCUCUUCCGAUCGCUAAGUGAUAAAAUUCCAAACAUUUGAUAACUUACUUUCGCCAUUACGACAUUCUCGCUAAAACUCGUAGUAGAACUGACGACGGCUACCACAUUUUCCCGCCAAACUGACGUUGGUUAUCGCGCGUGCGCUACUUGGUAUUGAAAAAAUCUUGUACUCGUAGUCGUACUCGUCUUAGAAUCUAAAGCUCUAAUGAUUUUGUUAAGAGGAUGACUUCACAGGACCCUAACCCAAUCAGCAAGUAAGCUUUAAAAGUUACCUGCCCAGCAAGAAAUCUGCUUGUCCCGGACUAUCGGACGGGACUUCUUUCGAGCCCUGCACAGACAAAAUUUCCAGCCUCGGGGCCCGUUUCUCGAAAGUCCCGGUAACUUUUCGGGCGCGAAAUCAAAUAUUCAAAUCUAAAUAUAAAGAAUAAGAGCGUGGAUCUUGCCUAGCAUAAUUAAACUACUCCAUUUUGUUUCAUUAACUGAUGGUUUUAUCAUGUUAGAUGCAAAACUAUUAAAACCUCGAUCUUUAAUGUAAACGGCAACAUCGCCCGUUAAUUAUCGGGACUUUCGAGAAACGGGCCCUCGGGCUCUUGAAGACAGUGCAGACAAGUGAUUGAUUGAACAAGAUCUUUUUUGUGUUUUUGUCGCCAGCUUUUCAACAUAUCUGGACAUGUCAAUCAUCCCUGUACUGUUGAGGAAGAGAUGUCUGUUCCUUUAAAACUCCUUAUUGAAAAGCACGCUGGAGGAGUUCUUGGUAAGCUGCAGUACAACUACACGGCUGAUAUUUACAUUGUAUGAGGUGAUAUUUUUGUAUGAAGUUCACACAACCACUUUUAGUAAAAAAUGUUGAUUUUUAACAGGUGGCUGGGAUAACCUUUUGGCAGUAAUUCCCGGCGGCUCCUCAACCCCGCUUAUUCCUAAAGAGUAAGUAUUACUAGGCCAUUGUUUUCUGUUCUCUUCAGGGUAAUUGAAUUGCAUAUGUGUUUUUAGCUUAGCUUCUUUAAUUUGAUAUCUACAAGUCUAAAUAUUAUCCAUAGGAUAAGUCGCUCAGACGAUAAGCGCCCGGAUCUUGGGGAAAUUUUUUGUUUAGCCCCCGUAGCUGGUGAGGUUUAUCGCGCGCGGCUUCUUUAUUCCACUAGACUGCGAGCAGUCUCUCUUUUACUUCAGAUUUGGUGAGAGCAGUGCACGCGCGCGGGAGCGGCACGCGCGAAACGAGGGCGGUACCUCUCCCGUCUCGCGCCUUCAGUCACGCGCGUGGUCAUUUGCGUGUCUCGCGCGUUUUGCUCGACGGACUAAGAAUAAAGAGAGGGUGCUCGUAGUCUAUUAUUCCACGGGUGCUUUUGGUUUUGUUUAAGCCUCAUGGGCACGUGAAUAGGGACGCGCCAAGACCUCUAUUAAGGGGCCAUCAAGCGCUUGAUACUCUUAGUUUAGCUUCCUUUCAAGAACAUGAUGAAGGAAAAAUAAGGUACGAGAUAGAAGGUGACGACCGAUCGUGGACCAGUAAUUUGUAGUUAUGCCGCUCCCUUUGAGUGCUUGUUUCAAAAUAAAGUGAUGUUUCUGCAUGACAAACCCUUAAGGGGCCAACUUCAACUGUAUUAUUAUACGUUUUCGUCCAUUUUUUAGUGUCUGUGAAGAUGUGUUAAUGGACUUCGAUGCCCUUGUUGAGGCACAGACUGGCUUAGGCACAGCAGCAGUGAUAGUUAUGAACAAACAGGUACUAACAGCGGUACAAUUUUCUCACGCUUUUCCUUGCCAAAGGCAAACCAGUAGGUCUGCGAGCAAGGUCUCCAUUAAGUCACGCGCGAGCGGCACGCGAGAGGAUUUUGCGCCCCUCUUAGAACAACUUGGGUGCGAAGUUUCUCCCCUCCGUCGCUCGUGGCAUACCCUCGCGCGUUCUCUCGUGCCUCGCCUCACUUGCCACUCGAAAUGAAGUGGUUGCUCGCAGGCUAGUAAUCGGGUAAAGAAACAACAAAACUGAACAAACAAACAAACAAACAAACAAACGCCAAUUUAACAAAACAUUUUUUUGGUGGAGAUCAGAUGUGAUAACAGCUGGGCGGGAGAAUUUUGAUUUUACAACUAAGAUAACUGUUUCGUUGAAAACAAAGGCUUUGGAAACUGUCAGCAGAUGUCGAACGGAGAGUUCAGUAAAAAGUUUGCUAAUAAAAGUUUGAUAUGUGUUUUCUGUUAGUGCGAUCUUAUCCGAGCCAUUGCAAGACUCAUCGAGUUUUACAAGCACGAGAGUUGUGGGCAGGUAACUGUAGUGUCCUUUAACUAAUUACAUUAAGUGAAUUCUUGCCCCCGCUGGGAUUUCGCCCAGAAGGCUAAAUCCCGAGGAGGCAUAGCUCGCGCGUAUAUGAGGAAAGUAUAAAAAAUCUCAAUUUGCUUGAACAGGGAUCGCGCUAAAUCGUUGGGUAAUGAUGACGCUAAACGCCCCUAAGUAAGAAAUAAGUAGUGGUUGGCCUGGUUGGCCUUGCAGCGAAGGGAAUUUGCUUCAACCAAUCAGAAGCACUACCCAAAUUUUGGUAGUGAGACGUCAUCACUAUCGAAUUUUUGCGCUCGUUUCUCAGACGUCAUUUCGCGCGGAAACCAUUGGUGGGAUCGCGAAAUGUCGGCUAUUUUAUCAGGCUAUUUACGUUCACAAACGUUAGCUGUCAAAUCUCUUCAUGUUGACAAAUUAGCUUUGCAAACUACGUUGAUUAAACCAAAUUUAGUGUUGUCCGUCGUUGGGGUCUGGCUCGUUCGCUCAGUGAUCUUAACCCAAAGCAAUAGAGCCAAUCGUCACAGAGAUAGUCAGUCACGUGACGUGUUGUUUCUCUGUUGGUUACCAGUGCACACCGUGCAGAGAGGGCUGCAGUUGGAUGACCACCAUCAUGUACAGAUUCGGUGAGUAAAUAAAAUUAAGUCAUUUUACCGAGAAAUUGAAACUGAGGUCCUUCAGUGUUGUUAUAAUUACAAUUACAGUUAAAAAUUUUGUUGCAAUUUUCCAUGGAGCAUGAUCAAAUGCGCUUUACAACAAGUUGAAAAAAGACUAACAAUGAAUACAAAUUUACGUGCAGGUAAAAGGUGUAAAUAAUAAUAAUAAUAAUAAUAAUAAUAAUAUAAAUAAACGAAAUAGAUACUCUACUACAAAUGAAAUGCUUGUUUAAAAAGAUAUGUUGUAACGUGGCAUUUGUUAUGAUGAGUUAUUAUUUUGCUUUCUUAGUUGAAGGAAAUGCAACUCCAGACGAAAUUGACAUGUUGUGGGUAAGUGAAAACGUCAGCCUGGCUUAUGUUCGAAUCCCCCAUAGUAUACCCAGUUUUCCCCCUCCCCCCCUCCCCACCAUCCGUCCCCUCCAAAUUUUGGCAUAAGUUAUUGUUCUCAGGUGCUCUUGGGAACAUUCAGUCUGAAAACCGUAGUUAAUGCAAAAUUAAUGAACCCUUCCGAUCGGUGGAUAGUUUCGCAUUGCAAUUCUAGGCAGUUAUACCAAACAGAAAGUAAGUGCAAAAUUUUGGUGGCAGGAGAGCACUUUUGUCUAGGUGUAAAGGGACCAGGAGAGAAGCUUUCCUGGGAAGUUGAGCCGAAGUGGUACCGGGGUUAGUCAUCCUGGACAGGAGUCCUGGUUGCUCCCCAGGGAGUGAGAUCCAUAUCCCCCAGUCACUGGGAUCGGAAACAAGUGAGGGGGCAGGAGGGGGCCCCCUGGAUUGAGUAAACAGAGUGUGUUAUUAGGGAUUCGGAAAUAGAGAAUUCAUAACGUUGAAAGGAAGUUGUGCAUGUGUGAUAGAAGACCUAACAAGUGCAUGUUUUCAUCGUUGAAAUCAGGAGCUGAGUAAGCAGAUAGAAGGUCACACAAUUUGUGCUUUGGGAGAUGGCGCCGCGUGGCCAGUGCAGGUGAGAACACGAAAAACAAGACUAUAUUUCCAAUACACAAACCAUUGGGCUGUUUUAUUGUUCUUGAGAAUAGAGAGAGACCUUAAGAUUCUAAGACGAGGACGACUACGAGAGCGAGAUUUUCUCAAUACAUAGUAGUGCGCACGCGUGAAGCCGUCAGGAGGAGGGCUUAACCUCAACAAUUAUUCCUCGAUCACGAAUGGGCUCUGAGUCUAUAGCCCAUGAGGCCGAAGGCCAAAUGGGCUAUAGACUCAGAGGCCAUGAGGGAGAGAGGAAUAAUUGUUUUAGUAAAAUACAACUAGUUGGUCAAAAAUAUCGAGACAAAACAACUUCAGCUGGGAAAACGUGAUUCAGUCGUCAUUGUUUUGGUUUUCAAAACCGGCGCUUUUUGCUACUAGUGGGCAGGGGCUAUAACAUGUAGCCUAGUAGUAGCUCAACCUUUCAGAACGCAGCAUCGAUAAUAGACUACUAGUUGGAUUUUACUAAAUAGAUUUAUCCAGGGCUAAAAGCAAAGCUCUCGUUAAUAUCUAUAGUUUACUCAAACAAAAUAUAAAAUCCUGUAAUUCUAAACGGCGACGGCAGCAAAAACAGCCCAAAACAUCAGUAGGUCUAAUUAGCAAAAAAAAACUUUGCACGUGCAGCACACUUUUUUGUACAUUUCUUUGCCGUUGUUUUGCACUACUACAACGAGAAAUUUCCAGAAACCUUCUAGUACACGUUUUAUGUAGGAAAUGUCGUAUGCGUUCCUGUUCACUUCUUUUUCUUCGCUGCCACUUAUUUUCACCUUGGUGGCCGCUAGCAUUUCUCAUUUCCUCAUCGCCGCUAUAAAAUUUGCAUGUUAUUCUUCCAACGAAAUUGGUCUCCUUUGUUUUUUAUCUCUGGCUCUAGCUCUUUGUCUGUUAUCCACGUCAAUGUAGACAUUAAAAUUAAGUCGAAAGAAAGAAUCGUCUUUGUUGUUGUUGUUUUUUAUCUCUAAAAGUCCGGGUGGCUAUGCGAUUUACCGCCGAAACGCACGGGUACUUGAAAUGCAAAAUUUCACCCCGCUUACAUGAGCGGGUGGACGUACGUACGGACGCGUACGGACGAUUUUCUCAGAACCAAAAUUUCUUGGAUGCAUUAAUGACCAAAUUUUCUUACCCAUGGUGCUUCGCUACAAAUAACCACGUUAACUUUGCUGAAAAGAAGUACGAUGAACCUUUUUGAGAAUACGCGAAUCGUCGAAUCUGAAAGUCUCUAAUAAAAACAGAAAAAAAAAAGGAAAUUUUCGGGAAAGUAAGGUGAUUUAGACUGAAACAGGAAAACGCGCUUAUAAGUUGCUAAAGAAAUAGGAAGGCGCAAUAAAGUUGUUUCAGACAGCGAAAUUAAAAAGUUCGGAAAUUAAGCGUGUUUUGGUGUUCAAGUAGAGAAAAUAUGGGAAUAUAAACAUUGAGGAGGUAUUUGGGAACUCAAGUACAUUUCGAACCGGCGGAGUUACAGGGAGGAAAAAGAUAACCUGCGUAGCAAGCGUUUCCGCGCGAGCUCGUCAAGUUGGGAGGAGAGGGAAAAGAGGAAAAGCCUAGAAGUGGAGCUACUGUCAAUAAUUCAUUUACAAAUGUUUCAUAAUAUAUUUUCUUUUUUGUUUAGGGACUCAUCCGCCAUUUCAGACCUAUGCUUGAAACCAGGAUGGCGGACUUUGCUGCAAAGCAGAAAGGCACUUCAACAGCGUGAAGAAGCAGAGGUUAACUUGUACAGAAUGAUCAUUGAAAAAGAGGCGAUCUUCGUUAAAUAGGGAGGGACUACCUGGCCAGUUUUGUCAUCUAUCGUUUAACUUUUUUUUUUUUUUUUAGCUAAUCUGCGUGGAACUUGAUAGACUAUUCAAUUGUUUAUAGAUAAAUUACUGUGUGGUUGAAUCAUGAGGGAGUUUCUCAAUACUGGCAGUAUUGAAUAAUAGCCCCCUACAAGAUUAACGUUUCUGUUUGGCAAAUACUGAGUACUUGUUAUUAGUCAGAUUACAUUUUAUUGUCAAUCUGCAUUUCCGUUUCGAGCUAUUGUUAUCUUGAAGAAAAUAAAAACAACUUAUUUUGAGAUUUUGUUCUGUGUGUAGAAACUCGAAGGUAACCUAAUUUUGUCUGAACUGUAUUGUGGUCUCCUUGUCUGAUCAAUUCAUUAUUGUUUUGAUAAUGACCUGUUGCCAGGCAUUUUGGUUUAUUUUCCAGUGAAGACACCAGAAAUGACUUCUUACUUUGUUUGUACAAAAUCACAGCUUUUCUUCUUAACGUUUUGACCCGCUCAUUACUGUAUACCCUCCGCACAGCGCGCUAAGCACCGAAGAACGCGAGAACAGACAUGGAGUGUGACUCGUGAAAAGAUUCUCACCGACGUGAGAACAAUGCUACGAACCGUAAUGAACAAGCUUUCCAACUCACGGUGUUACGUUGAAAGCGUUUAUUCUUUUUUAAAACUUAACAGUGAUAAUGUUACAUUGAAGCUUACUGUUGAUUGGCAAUAAAAACAACUUGUUACCUUUAAGGUUUUGAUCAGUG